UCGCGGCACGCGGAGCCCCGCAGGUUGCGCCGAGCAGGGCCGCGCCAUGGCGGCGGACGGCCAUGGCGGUGGGCGGGAGCUGCUCGCCCUCAUCCACCAGCACCUGCUCCGCGGCGGCUACGCCCGGGCGGCCCGCGAACUGCAGGCGCAGAGCGGGCAGAAGUUGCUCCCUUCCCUUGCGGCCUCUCUCGAGGACAUCUUUACCCACUGGGAAAAAACUCCCUCGAAUUCCAGAAGAAGAAAGGUGAGUGAUGAAGAGACAGCCAUCCCAGAAAAGAUCAGAGUUCCUGAUCCUGUGAGCAGCUCUGAGAGCUCAGAGAAAGAAGAGGAUGAGAAAGAGAAGGUGAAAGCUGCAAAUGCAGCCAGCCUUUCCCUGGCCACAAACUCAGCAGUAGAUGUAGAAAGCAGUGAAGAUGAUGACUCUUCAUCAGAAGAGGAGACACCGGCUGGAAAAGGUGCAGUUACGGUGACGCGAGCUGUGGUGAGUGGCAAUGCUGCCAACUCCCUGCAUUCUCCUAACAAACCCACCACCCCAGCAGGCAAAGCAGCGGUACUCUCUGCUGCAAAUAGAACUGUGGUCUCAAAUAAGCAGCAGCCCAAUGCACUAGCUUCAUCUGCUGCUCCAUCCAAGGCUGGCCAGAAACUGCCCAGUCCUGGGAAGCCUGGACAUGCUGCAACAGCCAUGGCCAAAGUAGGUCAAAGCAAAGCACCAGUAAUGACCAAAGCACCAGAAAGCUCCAGCAGCAGCUCCUCAUCAGAGAGUGAGGGGGAGGAAAAAGAGACGCCGACUGUGAAGGCCCCAGUCCCCAAAGUGGAGCCGAAGCAGGCAGCUGGGGCCACUGAGAGCAGCAGUGAGGAAUCAAGUGAUGAGACAUCCUCUGAGGAGGAGCUUGCAGCUCCAGUGGUUCAGGCAAAACCAGCUAUGAAAACAGUGCAGGUUAAUGCAGCACCUGUGAAAAGUGCACCUGCUGCUCCAGUGUCCCUCAAGAAGAAUGCAGUGCGGCAAACAGCACUGGCACCAAACCAGGCCAAACCUGCACCCACAACGGUUCCUGGGGCUGCAAAGCCUGAUGACACAUCAGAGAGUAGCGACUCAUCAGACAGCGAAGAUGAGGAACUUCCAUCAGUAACCCAAACAAAGCCACUUCCGAAAUCCUCCCAGGCCAUCCCAUCCCCAGUGAAACCUACACCAGCAGCGUCACCCUCUGGCAAAGCAGCUCCAACAAAACCACUUUCAGUGUCCCAAGGGAAGCCAGCACUGAAACCAGCAGUGCCAAAGCAGGCUAAAACCACACUGGGAAGGACUGCUGCCCCCACAAAGCCUGCAGAAAGUACGAAGCCAGUGGAGAGCUCUGACUCCUCAGGCAGUGAAGAAGCAGAUCUCCCUGUGCCUAUCAGCCAGAAGAGGUUAACAGAACAGCCUGGGCCUGUUCCCAACCGCAGCCAGACUGCUAAAGCUGGGUUGGCUGAAAAAGUAGUGGGAAGCACCUUGAAAAGCCAGGCCUCAGAAAGUGAGAGCAGUGACUCGUCUGACAGUGAAGAGGAGUCCCCUGCUGCACAGACACAGCCUCCACAAGCUGUGAAAACUGAUGCUGCGCCCCAGCCAACAAAUGUGAAGAAGGCACCACCCCAGGCAGCAGCCCCUCCACCUGUCAACAGCAGCGAUGAUUCUAGCGAGGAGUCAGGUUCAGAGGAAGAAAUAGUCCCCCCUUCACAGGCCCCCACUCCUUGCCUAAAGCAAAUGGUUCCUGUGAGAAAAGCUCCCCCAGCCAAUGCUGGCACUGUGCAAGCUGCUUCGCUCCUGGGAAGUCCCAUCGCCAAGUCGGGGAAGCCAGGCCUGCAGCCAGCGCAGGAUGCCCAGCCGAGCCAGGCCACACUACCCACCCAGGCAGAGGAGACCUCGGACAGUAGCAGUUCCUCAGACAGCGAUGAGGAGGAGACACCCAAGCAGCCCCCCAAACCCGCAGGCUCACUGCAGAAACCAGGAGGGACCCAGCCAGCCCACAGCUCCUCCUCAGAGUCCAGUGAGGAGGAGGAGGAGGCGGCAGUGUCACAGUCCCUCCUCACAGGCUAUCUGGGCCUCUCCAGGACCCCAGCAGCACCCCAAGCACCAAAGACUGUUCCCCCCCAGCCUGUAGGCAAAGUGGGGCAAGGAAAAGCAGCCAUGACUGCUGCAAACUCCCUCACCAAGGCCCCUGUGAAAGCAGCCCCGGCCAACAGCUCCAGCAGUGAAAGCAGUGACUCUGACACAGACGUUGACCAGGUGGCUGCAAACCACAAAGCAGAAAACAACCCCGCUCCAGGGCAGGAAGCCACUCGAGCCUCUAACAAAGAGAAUGUAGCAGGAAAAGCAGAGCCAGGUCAUGCCAGCCUCAAACCUUCCCCAGUCAAGAAAGCCGUGGCAGUGAAAGAGAAUGAUGUUGGGACAAAAGGGGCACAGGUGACCCCACAGUCACAUGCACUGUUCUCCAACCCACAGUCGGAGUCAGGCUUGGGGAGUGAAACUGCUGCCAAAGCUCCUGCAGGGCAAACACUGGAAGGGUCGGAAGGGAAAAAGAAGAAGAAGAAAAAGGAGAAAAAAGAAAAGAAGGAAAAGAAGAAAUCUUCCUCCACAGCAGACAAGACUGGGAAAACAUCUAAGAGCAAAGACAAAGAGAAUAAGAAGCAGAAAACAUCUCAGAAGCGGAAACUGCCUGCAGAGGAUGCGGCUGUUGGGCAGCCCAAAGAGAAGAAGCAGAAAGGGCAAGCUAAUGAAGAAGUACCCAAAAAGAAAAAGAAGAAAGCAGCUGGUGACCUGGAGAAGUUGCCAGGCAGCAAGGAAAAGAAAAAAUUGGCUAAAAAAAAAAAGGCUGGAAAGGAAAAGAAGAAGAGCAAAAAGGUGUCUUCAGAAGGGGAGCCUGUAGCAGAUGGUUCUGCUGAGGUUCACAAGAAGAAGAAGAAGAAGAAAACAGCUGAUCCUGAAGGAUUGUGAGAAGGUACCGCAACCCUGUGAUUAAGGAUUUAUGGGUGAAGAUCAAACAGAAGAGAGGAAAAGGAAGCUCAUCAGGAGAAUUCCAACUUUUUUUUUAAAUAAUUUAUAACUUCUUUUAACUGUGACUUUUAGAGCAGAGUGUUGUAACUUUCUGCCUUUUCCUGCCCCGCUGGGGCCCAGAGACAUGUUUAUUGCCCCUCUUGACAGCUUACCUGUUGCACAAGAACUGAACUAAAGGAGGCAGUUUGACCAGAGGAGAGCCAGCUUGCAUAAACUGCCCUCCUAGUUGGCACCCAGCCAUCUCUUUCUCUUUUCUCACCACAGAGCUAUAUUUUUAAGAGAAACUUUUACCUCCUUUUUUUUUUUUCCUCUCUUCCUCCUUCUGUGAUUUGUGGAGUCAGUCCUUUUGCUACUAUGGGUUUACUUUUUAUUCUAACACUGACAGCAGCAAUUACCGUGUCCCUGGAGUUGCACUGAACAGCUGUGGCCAGCAGCUGUUCUUGGCCAAGGAGGUAUAAUUUUUUGUGGUUUUUUUUAUGGAAUACAAAAUAAAAAAAACAGAACGGUGA